CCGGACCCAAGAUGGCCGCCGUGUCAGUUUCGGGCUUCGCCGCCGCUCGGCCUCGGCUUCUCGGUUCCCGUCUCUCGCGGGCCUCGGCUUAAUGUUACGGUUCUUCUGCUUGUGAGUGUGCAGGCCACAAGCUGAGUGUGAAAACAAUUAAUGUUUGAGAAAGGAGGAGUAAUUCAGAACGGAAAACGUGUAUGCUAUGGUUAGCUGUUUCCCAUCAUCCGAGAAUCUGUUUUCCCAUCGUGUGAAACUUGUUCAGCAUAGGGAUAAAGGAUAACGACUCUAUGGAUAUACAGAAUUCUUCACCAUGGUAAAACUCGCCAACCCGCUGUAUACGGAGUGGAUUUUGGAGGCAAUCAAAAAGGUAAAGAAGCAAAAACAGCGUCCUUCAGAGGAGAGGAUAUGCAAUGCAGUGUCUUCGUCACAUGGUUUGGACCGCAAAACUGUUCUGGAACAGUUAGAGUUGAGUGUUAAAGAUGGAACUAUUUUAAAAGUCUCCAACAAGGGUCUCAACUCCUACAAGGAUCCUGAUAAUCCUGGGAGAAUAGCACUUCCAAAGCCCCGGAACCAUGGAAAGUUGGAUGGUAAACCAAACGUGGACUGGAAUAAACUUAUCAAACGGGCAAUUGAGGGCUUGGGUGAGUCUAGCGGCUCGUCCUUGAAAAACAUUGAACGCUUUCUGAAAGGUCAGAAAGAUGUGUCUGCAUUAUUUGGAGGUAGCGCUGCCUCCGUUUUUCACCAGCAAUUGCGAUUAGCUGUCAAACGUGCUGUUGGCCAUGGUAGGCUCCUUAAAGAUGGACCUCUGUACCAACUCAACACUAAAGCAACCACUAAUGCUGAAGGGAAGGAGAGUUUUGAGUCUCUUUCCUGUCUGCCUCCAGUGUGUCUGCUUCCCCAUGAAAAGGAUAAGCCGGUUGCUGAACCAAUUCCAAUCUGCAGUUUCUGCCUUGGUACAAAAGAGCAAAAUCGUGAGAAGAAGCCUGAAGAGCUCAUCUCUUGUGCCGACUGUGGCAACAGUGGUCAUCCAUCCUGUUUGAAGUUCUCACCAGAACUGACAGUUCGAGUGAAAGCCUUGAGAUGGCAGUGUAUUGAAUGCAAAACAUGCAGUUCCUGUCGAGAUCAGGGCAAAAAUGCUGAUAACAUGCUAUUCUGCGACUCCUGUGAUCGUGGCUUUCACAUGGAGUGCUGUGAUCCCCCUCUUACCAGGAUGCCAAAAGGUAUGUGGAUAUGUCAAAUAUGUCGGCCACGGAAGAAAGGAAGAAAACUUUUACACAAGAAGGCAGCACAGAUAAAACGACGCUAUGCUAAUCCAAUAGGACGUCCCAAAAACAGAUUAAAGAAUCAAAAUGCAACAUCAAAGGGUCCGUUCAGCAAAGUUCGAACUGGCCCUGGUCGGGGUCGGAAGCGUAAGAUAACUCUGUCCAGCCAGUCAGCAUCAUCAGAAGGGGGAUACCUGGAGCAGACAGAUAUCUUGGACUUCUGCAGAGAUGGCAGCACCACCUUGAAGUUUAAUAAGAAAACCAAAGGGCUUAUAGAUGGCCUUACUAAAUUCUUCACUCCCUCCCCUGAUGGACGAAAAGCUCGAGGGGAAGUGGUGGACUAUUCUCAGCAGUAUAGGAUCAGGAAAAAGGGUACCAGGAAAUCUAGCACUUCAGAGUGGCCCACAGACAAUCAGGAUGGCUGGGAUGGAAAACAAGAAAAUGAAGAGCGCUUUUUGGGGAGCCAGGAUGUCUUAACUGAAAAAGAUAUGGAGUUGUUUAGAGAUAUUCAGGAGCAAGCACUGCAGAAAGUUGGGGUGACUGGGCCUCCUGAUCCGCAAGUCCGAUGCCCCUCUGUCAUCGAAUUUGGCAAGUAUGAAAUCCAGACCUGGUACUCCUCCCCAUAUCCCCAGGAAUACUCAAGGCUACCCAAGUUAUACCUUUGUGAAUUCUGUCUAAAGUAUAUGAAAAGCAGAACUAUUCUCCAACAGCAUAUGAAAAAGUGUGGCUGGUUUCAUCCUCCAGCCAAUGAAAUUUACAGAAAAAACAAUAUUUCAGUCUUCGAGGUUGAUGGCAAUGUCAGCACUAUCUACUGCCAGAAUUUGUGCUUAUUAGCCAAACUCUUCCUGGACCAUAAGACUCUUUAUUAUGAUGUGGAGCCAUUUCUUUUCUACGUGCUGACACAGAACGAUGUGAAGGGCUGUCACCUUGUUGGUUACUUUUCUAAGGAAAAACACUGCCAACAGAAAUACAAUGUUUCCUGUAUAAUGAUUCUUCCACAAUACCAGCGUAAGGGCUACGGCAGGUUCCUAAUUGACUUCAGCUAUCUGCUUUCAAAGCGUGAAGGUCAAGCAGGAUCACCAGAGAAGCCCCUGUCAGACCUGGGACGGCUCUCAUAUAUGGCUUAUUGGAAAAGUGUAAUAUUGGAGUGCCUUUAUCACCAACAUGACAAGCAAUUAAGCAUCAAGAAAUUGAGUAAACUGACUGGAAUCUGCCCUCAAGAUAUCACUUCCACUCUGCAUCACCUGCGAAUGCUUGACUUCCGUAGUGAUCAAUUUGUGAUCAUUCGUCGGGAGAAACUUAUCCAAGAACAUAUGGCAAAGCUUAGAACUAAUGUGAGACCUAUAGAUGUGGAUGCGGAAUGUCUGCGUUGGACACCUGUUAUAGUUUCCAACUCAGUUGUCUCUGAGGAUGAAGAAGAAGAGACCGAGGAUGGGGAAAAUGAAGAGCAACAACAUCAGAAAGAAAAAGAUUCAGAGGCCAGCAUGGUAAAAUCUGUGUCAUGGGAGAAGAAAGAGCAAGAGCCUUAUUCACCUACAAAGAAUGAAAAAAAGCCAGACAUUGUUGCUCCAGUCAGUUCUGCACGGCCAAACAAGCACGUUUUUCCCCUGGACAGUCUUCCUGCAAACAGUCAGCCAUCACGAAGAGGUCGAUGGAAUCGCAAGGGCAAAAAACUUCGAGAGACCUUUUGUGAGAAGGAACCAAUAUUGCCCACUGAGGACAAGACAGACAUUCCUGGUGAGCGAUGCAGUGAAUGUGAGGAGAAAUCAGCAGCCUCACGAGGCCGGUGCAGUGAAUGUGAGGAGAAGUCAACAGCUUUGCAGGGAAGAUGUGGUGAAUGUGAGGAUAAGUCUCCAGCCCCAAGAGGUCGGUAUGCUGAAGAUGAAGAAAAAUCUGCAGUUUCCCAGGUGCAGUAUGGCAAAAGUGAAAAAUCUGCAAUUCCUCGUCGGCGGUACAGCGAAGGUAUGGAAAGAUGGAGAGGACAGUUGAAAAACAUGGAGUCACUGAAGUGUAGGUUCCCAGAGGACUGUGAAAGAUUACCCCGCCGCUACAGCGAUAGUGAUAGGGCACUUCCGAGAUGUUUUAGUGAGAGUAGUGAAGAUGAUGAUGAUGACCCCGUGAGUCCCCGAUCAAGCUCUCCACCUGUUCUCACCAAGCCAACUUUAAAACGAAAGAAGCCAAUUCUUCAUCGGAAAAGAAGGGUACGCAAGCGUAAGCACCACAACAGCAGUGUUGUCACUGAAACAAUCUCAGAGACCACAGAAGUGCUGGAUGAACCAUUUGAGGAUUCAGACUCUGAACGACCAAUGCCCCGGUUAGAGCCUACAUUUGAGAUUGAGGAGGAGGAAGAGGAAGAAGAGGAGGAGGAAGAGGAGGAGAAUGAACUUUUGCCCAGUGGAUACUUUCGGCACUUAGCCCCACAAGACACCCUCAGGAACAGACCCUCUUCUAAGAGAAAGUCCAAAGAUGAGGAGGAAUCCGAUGACACUAAUGGUACCCCAACUUUGAAACCAUUAUCUAUGCUGAGAAAAUGUGAAGCAAAGGAUUGUUCACUUGAACCAGAUACUUCUACACCCAUGAAAAAGAAGAAGGGAUGGCCAAAAGGCAAAAGUCGAAAACCAAUCCACUGGAAGAAAAGACCUGGUCGAAAACCAGGUUUUAAACUGAACCAGGAAAAAGUGCCAUCGUCAGUUCAGGGUGAGGGAGCUGAUGCAGUGGUAGGUAAUUCAAAACCAGGGCGUAAGCCCAAGAUCUCAGAUGAAGAGGAAGGUGUUGAGCAGAAAGAAGAGCUACCUCUUACUGAGGAAAGGAAAGAGGAAGAUGUGAAUAUGGAAGCAGAAGAGGUAGGAGAGGGAGAAGAGGAAGAUACAGCCAGCAGUGAAGUAAGAGCAGUUUCUCCUGUGGACAGCAGCAGCAGUCCAGUGCCAGAAGUUAAAGAGCCUGAGAUAGAAGAGGAGGUAGAGGAGAAGCCGCGGGUAUUAGAAGAGCAAAGGCAAUCAGAAGAAGAGCAGCAAGAACUAGAUGAACCUGAGCAUGACCACGAAGAAGAAGAUGAAAUUGCAGUCGUGACAAAUCAAAAUGAAGACCAUGAUGCUGAUGAUGAAGAUGAUGGUCAUCUAGAGUCUGUGAAGAAAAAAGAAUUGGAAGAACAGCCUGCCAGAGAAGGGGUGAAGGAGGAGCCUGAUGUGCAGGAAUGUUUUUUAGAAGCAGACAUACAAAGCAGUAGAGAAGAUGCAAAAGGAAAAGAUGAAGCAGAGGCAGAUUCUGAGGAAGAGCAGGCUUCCAAUGAAACAUCAGUGGGCUCAGAGCAUGUCCCUGGGUCUGAGGAUGAUCACGAAGAAGAGCAAAGUAACAAAGAAGGAUUAAUUGAAUUAAAGGAAGAGGAAGAGAUUCCUCAUAGCGAACUGGAUCUUGAAACUGUUCAAGCAGUCCAGUCCUUGACACAGGAGGAAAGCAAUGAGCAUGAUGUAGCUUACCAGGACUGUGAAGAAACUCUUGCAGCUUGUCAGACUCUGCAGAGUUAUACCCAGAGUGAGGAGGAUCCUCAGAUAUCAAUGGUUGAAGAUUGCCAGGCCUCAGAACACAACAGUCCAAUAUCCUCUGUUCAGUCCCACCCCAGCCAGUCUGUACGUUCUGUCAGCAGCCCAAAUGUGCCUGCUCUGGAGAGCAGCUACACCCAGAUAAGCCCUGAACAAGGAUCCCUGUCCGCACCCUCUAUGCAGAACAUGGAGACCAGCCCCAUGAUGGAUGUGCCUUCAGUAUCAGACCACUCUCAGCAGGUGGUGGAUAGUGGCUUCAGUGACCUUGGCAGCAUUGAGAGCACUACAGAAAAUUAUGAAAACCCGAGCAGCUAUGACUCUACUAUGGGAGGCAGCAUUUGUGGAAAUAACUCUUCCCAGAGCAGUUGUUCCUAUGGGGGACUGUCCUCUUCUAGCAGCCUCACUCAGAAUAGCUGUGUUGUCACUCAGCAAAUGGCAAACAUUGGCAGCAGUUGCAGCAUGAUGCAGCAAAGCACUGUCCAGCCUGCAGCAAACUGCAAUAUCAAGUCACCUCAGAGCUGUGUCGUAGAAAGGCCUCCAAGCAACCAGCAACCAGCAUCGCAGCCACAACAGCAGCAGCCUCAGUCACAGCAGCCACAGCCCCCACCUCCACCCCAGCAGCAACCUCCGCUGUCUCAGUGCAGCAUGAACAACAGCUUCACCCCAGCGCCUAUGAUCAUGGAAAUACCUGAAUCAGGAAGCACUGGUAACAUAAGUAUCUAUGAGAGGAUUCCAGGGGAUUUUGGGGCUGGGAGCUAUUCACAACCAUCAGCCACAUUCAGUUUAGCCAAGUUGCAGCAGCUGACGAACACCAUUAUGGACCCUCAUGCCAUGCCUUAUAGCCAUUCUCCUGCUGUGACUUCCUAUGCAACCAGUGUUUCUCUGUCCAACACAGGACUGGCUCAGCUCGCUCCCUCUCAUCCAUUAGCAGGCACACCACAAGCACAAGCCACCAUGACACCCCCACCAAACUUGGCAUCUACCACCAUGAACCUCACGUCACCUCUGCUUCAGUGUAAUAUGUCUGCUACCAAUAUUGGCAUUCCACAUACGCAGAGGUUGCAGGGGCAAAUGCCGGUCAAGGGGCACAUUUCCAUCCGCUCUAAAUCAGCACCGCUGCCCUCUGCAACUGCACACCAGCAGCAGCUCUAUGGCCGCAGUCCACCCGCAGUCGCCAUGCAGGCCGGCCCUCGUACGUUGGCUGUUCAGCGGGGUAUGAACAUGGGGGUCAACCUAAUGCCAACCACCCCAUACAAUGUUAACUCCAUGAAUAUGAACACCCUGAAUGCCAUGAACAGCUACAGAAUGACACAGCCCAUGAUGAACAGCAGUUACCAUAGUAACCCUGCCUACAUGAACCAGACAGCACAGUAUCCUAUGCAGAUGCAGAUGGGAAUGAUGGGGAGCCAGGCCUAUACCCAGCAGCCUAUGCAGCCAAAUCCUCAUGGGAACAUGAUGUACACUGGCCCCUCCCAUCACAGCUACAUGAAUGCUGCAGGGGUGCCCAAGCAGUCUCUCAAUGGACCGUACAUGAGAAGAUGAGCAAGAUGAACUUGCAUCCUAAAAACUUAAAUAUAUAUAUAAAUAAAGGAACCUUUUAUACUGACGAACCAGAGAAAAUGGACCUUUUUCCAGUUAAAAUAUUGCUGUAGAUUUAGAGGGAUUUUCUUUGGUUUAUUUUAUUUUUAGGAAGCCCGGUGGUUUUUUUGUUGUUGCUUUUUGUUUUUGUUCUGGGGGGUAGUGUUUUCUUCACAAUCCUGAAACAUUUUACAGCUAAAAUCAUUUACAGAUGUUUUUUAGAGGGAAAACAUGCACAAAAUCUUUUCAUAAUUUAAAAAGAGCCUUACUUUGCUGACCAUGUGGACAGAAUAUGUGUAACAGUGAAAUCAUCUUUCUAAAUUUUUUUUUCAAAUGUAUGUCCUUCUCCCUUUCUUGUGCCCCUCUGUAUGCAGUUUUUAGUGCUGCAGUAAUGUAAAACGUCUGACAUCUCAAAGAGUAACAGCGUUUCCCUCCAAACCCCACUUAAAGUUUUCUACUUCUAGCAGGAGGCACUUACUGGGAGACGUGGAAAGGGACACAGGAUAAAUGAAGCUCUUCAUUUCUGCAAGUCAGGAAAAAAUUUUAAUCUUUAUCUUUCCCUGACUCCUUUCCCUUCAGUAAAAUUUGGAUUUACAUGUAAACAAGCUAUUCACAUUGGUGUUUUUGUAGAUGAGUUCAUUGAAAUUGUAUGUUUCAUUCUGAAAAUAUAACGUAACUUCAAACAGAUCCCGUUCACCACCCAGACAUGCACGUGUGUGCCUGCACAAAUGUUCUGUCGCUGAACUACUGGGAGCAUCUCAAGAGAGAGCUGUUAAUAACCCUCGUGCAGUCAUGAGGAGGAUAGCAUGGUUAUUGGGCUGCUAGGACAAAAAACGGUUGCAGGCUCUUCAGGUGAAUUGCAUGUCAGCCAUAACUCAGAUCCCAAACUCUGCUUUAGUAUGUACUUGGAAAUGCUGAGGGUCUUGGUUCUGAGCCUUUGAGUAGGCUGAGCUCAAAAGCAGCUGUUUCCAGUGGUCUGCCUUUUAACCUUUAUUCUUACGUAAUCUUGGAAGAUAAAGUGUAUGUUUUAGGUGGCUUGAUGAGAACCCUGUGGUGUCCUUGUCACUAUUCCAUUCCUGGUGUGGUGUAGGAAGUAGCUGAAUGUGCCGCUCUUGGGGGGAGUUGGUGACAUAGAACACUUCCCUGAUUCUUCUGCUAUGUUUGAGGCCAUUUCAUCAGAAUAGCCACGCUUUUGAUCUAGUGUGGGAAAUGAGGGGAAUUGCCUGUUCUGCAGGAGUGAAACAGCCCAAACACCACAGUAGGAUGCAGGUGGCAGGAUUUUGCUGUUUAUUACUGCAUAAUCCAAUUUGCAUUCUUUUCUGGCUACACUGCUCUGUGAUAGAGACAGCACUUGCUGGCAUGUCACCCAAUACAAAAAGGAAUACCCUUUAAGGUAGAGUUUUGUUGUUUUUUAAUUGUAUAUGAAGUAGAAAUACAGACACAUUAUUAAGACUAAUUUCUUUUGUUUUAAAACCAAAAGAAUCUAAAAGUUGGGUUUCUUCAGAUGCACUAAAAUGGACUUUUCCUCCAAUAACUGCUAACCAUAAAAGGCAGAAUUCAAAGGACUUCCACUUUUUAUUUCUGUUUAGUUUUGAGCAUGUACAAGGCUGUGUAGGACCCCAUUUCUCUGUAUAUACUAUUCCAGUUCCAAAUAUCCCAUGUAGAAAGCGCACUGUGCUGCCCUCUCCUUCCUAGAUCUUCAGCUGUGUCACUGCUUCCUGACUGCUGGGGGGUAGUGGGGCAGGCACGGGUCUGCAGCAGGAGGAGAAGCUGUUGAAAUGAGGGCCGUGAGUUUAGUUUGUUUGCUGUUAUGUUUGGUUUGGUUUUGUAUUUCUUUUUUUUUUAAUUUUAUUUUGGUUUUACGUUUUAUUUUUGUUUUUUAAAUCAAUUGGGCAGCUCCCUUUUUCCACAAGCCUUUGUGACUGUAGAACUAUUGUAGAAAAAAUGUUCUUUUCUAUAUAUAAAAAGAAAUUAUCCAACGCAGUAAUAUUGGUACCUACCAUUUUUCACUUCUGUUUAAAAAUAAAAUAAAAUAUGUAUUUUUAGCAAGAUAACUUGGGUAAUCUUCUAAAAGAAAUUAAAAAAAAAAUCUCACUGUUAGUGACUUUGAUGCCUUUUAAAAUAAGAGCUUUUUCAUUUCAUUCCAUCUUUAAAAUUUUUUAUCUUUGUUGUAGAAUAUUAAAAACUAUUUUAAGAAAGAUAAAAAUUCUCUUUAAAGAGAUCUCUAGAGUGUGUGAAUAGGAGCUCCAGAUGCCUCUAAAAGCCGCAUGUACAAAUGAAGCUGAGUCUAUUCCUGUCUGUUUAUAUUUGCUUUUCCUGUUUUGUAACCUCUUUGUACUUUGUUCAUGGUGACUUGUAAGCUAAGGGGAAGGGGGUGCCUAGAUGCCUUUGUAAUUCUCCAUGUCAUACGCUCCUGGCUGGAUGGUCUCCCUUCCUCUACUUGUAUGUAAUAUCACUUUUUUUUCCCCUUUCUAGCAAGUACUUUCAAAAGAACUCUGUACAUUUUAACAUAAAAAAUAAAUUAUGUUGAGCCAUUUUGGA